AUGCCAAGCAUCGGAGAAGCAGUCGAAAAAGAACGCAGGGUCACAUAUCUGCUAUGGAAAGCUAUCAACUCGCAACUAGAACUCGAGCAAGCCACGAAUAGAUUAAUGCAGGAUAUGUAUGAGGAUUUAGAGAAUAUGAGAGCUUCCGACUGCUCAAGCGAGGAUUGGACUACAAUGUGUGACAUGGCGCAGGAGCUGGUGGACACUCUCAAAAUGUUGAAAGAUCAGCCACCCGAUUCUACAGUGGAGGAGAGGAGUACCGAGCUAAAGGUUAAGGAAGCAAUCAGAGAAGACACGGAAGAGGAAAUUGAGGAGGACAUUGAGGAGUACGUCGAAGUAUUAAUGAAAGAGAUGCAUCCGAAUCUGUAUCAAAUUAGGGCCGCUGCUGGCUUAGAAAAAGAUGACAUGCAUGAUGCAUUUGGAUUGGCAAAACAAAUGACCAAACCCCACAAGUUUACCCGGGGUGAAAAGGAGAAAAAGGCGACAAUUGAGAAAGAGAAGAGUAGUGAUGCAAAGAAAGAAGUGGAAGAAUAA